UUCAAUAGCAACGGGAGCGAAAGCUCCAGCAGAGUACAGAGCGUCGCUAUCCGCUCUCCCCUUCCCCGUGAUUAUCCAUUGAAAGUUGAACCUGAUGACACGUACGGGUAGCUAGUGUUUUGUAGUCUAUCAGUCCGGGUCUUUCACGAUCUUGGCACCGGCCACCGCCGUGAGACUAAAAAAAGCGGGGAGGCACCGCCGGACCAAGCAAGAGGCACCAAGAAAGGUUAUGGCGGGCCUCGCCAUGUCGGCUUUAGCAGCUCCAGCACCGCUCUUCCAAUCCUCGUUGGCGGCUGCGCGCUUCAGCCCGGUUGCAGGACCUGCCGUCAGUUUUAGAACGCAAGCUUGUGGAUUGAGAUGUUGGAUUGCUGCCAAGCUGAAGCUCCAUAAGGCCUUGAAAAGGCACGGAUGGCAAGUUCAUAGAAAGCUGGAAGUUAGAGGGGAUGGUAAAAUUCCUGAUUGCUUGGAGGUUGCGUCCCUGACUAAAAAGACAACUGGGAAUGCACAAGCUGCUGAUGAAUCUGGAGGUGAAACAACAAAAACAAGCUCUCCUACUUUGCAUAGCUCAACUGAUGAGAAAAAUUCAAUCCUUCUGGGAAUGAUAAAUCAAUGUGAAGCUGACCCUCCUCUACCAAAGGAAGAUGUAAUGUUUGAUCACUUUGAUGACCGACCGGAAAGUGCGCCAUCUCUUUGCAUUGCUGUAAUCGGUGCUACCGGUGAACUGGCAAGAACUAAAGUCUUCCCAGCACUAUUUGCUCUGUAUUACAGUGGUUUUCUUCCUCAGAAUGUUGCUAUAUUUGGAUAUUCUAGGAAGGCAUUAGCAGAUGAGGAUUUAAGAUCCAUGAUUGAAGCCAAUUUGACCUGUCGUGUUGAUCACCAUGAAAACUGUGAGGACAAGUUAAAUGAAUUCCUUAAAAGGACAUAUUAUAUCGAUGCAGGACAUGAUAACAAAGAUGGGAUGGUGAACUUAAAUUCCAAAAUGGCACAGAUAGAGGGUACUCAUGCAUCAAACAGGAUAUUCUACCUUGCUGUUCCCCAAGAGGCACUUCUUGAUGUUGCCUUGCCAUUGGCUGACAGUGCCCAAACUAUGCAUGGCUGGAACAGGAUAAUUAUCGAGAAACCAUUUGGCUUCACUAGUUUGUCCUCGCAAAGGGUAACACAGUCUCUGCUGUCAAGAUUUGAGGAGAAGCAAAUUUACCGAAUUGAUCAUCUUUUGGGGAAGGAUCUAAUUGAAAAUCUCACUGUCUUGAGAUUUUCUAAUUUGGUGUUUGAACCUUUGUGGAGUAGGACGUACAUACGCAAUGUGCAGGUCAUUUUUUCCGAAGAAACAGCAACAGAAACACAAGGGAGAUACUUUGGAAAUUAUGGGAUAAUCCGGGACAUAGUGCACAGUCACAUUCUUCAAACAAUAGCACUAUUUGCUAUGGAACCACCUGUAAGUCUUGAUGGAGAGGACAUCCGUGAUGAAAAGGUGAAGGUGCUUAGAUCAAUUCGAAAAGUGGACUUUGAGGAUGUCGUCCUUGGUCAACUCAAAGAUACCUCUGAGGUUGACAGAUAUACGAAAUCAAUGACACCAACCUACUUUGCUGCUGCUAUGUACAUCGACAAUGCACGCUGGGAUGGAGUACCAUUUCUGAUCAAGACUGGUAUGGGGCUUAUGAAGAAUAGAGCUGAGAUUCGUAUUCAAUUUCGUCAUGUCCCUGGCAAUAUCUACCGUGAACGUUUUGGGCAUGACAUAGAUCUAGACACAAACGAGCUGGUUUUGCGUGAUCUACCCGAAGAAGCCAUUCUCUUGAAAGUCAAUAAUAAGGUCCCAGGACUUGGGCUCCAACUGGAUGCUUCAGAGCUCAACCUGCUUUACAGGGAUAGGUAUGACGUUGAAGUUCCAGAUUCGUAUGAACAUCUUCUUCUGGAUGUCCUAGAUGGCGACAACCAUCUAUUUAUGCGCAGUGAUGAAUUGGCUGCUGCAUGGAACGUAUUGGCUCCAAUAAUCCAUGAGAUUGAUCAGAACCGGGUGGCUCCUGAGCUCUACGAGGCUGGGGAUAAAGGACCUAUCAAUGCUUACUAUCUCGCUGCUAAGCAUGGAGUCCGAUGGGAUGAUGACUGGUGAGGGGAUACUUGGCAGCAGCUGCUCAAUAUAUGUGACAUUAUGUACAGCUCCUCAUCUGUAGCAAAACUGUUCGAUAAACUUGAAUAAGUAAUGAAGAAAAAAGUUCUUCCUGCUUUGAAGCAA